CGCCCGGUCCCGUCUGGCUCGCGGGGCUCGGGACUCGGAAGUGGUCCGGCUAUUCCUCUGCUGCGGGCUCGGCACAGAAAGUCCAGUCGGAGCGUCGGAGAUCAAGUGGGGUACGGUGCAGCACGAAGGUCGCUGUUGAGUUGAGCUGUCGCAACACUGAAAUGACACAAACGCCAGCGACGUGCUCAAGGCAAACUAAGUGGUUGCGGGGCGUUUGAAUCCCAAGAUUCCUCACCUUAAAGAAGCUCAAAACUCCCGCUCUUCAUCCACUAACAUACGAAUCUAAUAACCACCCCAGUCAUCGACUCAUCGCCAUGUCCACAGACUGCGAAACAACCGACGUGCUCAUAGUCGGCAGCGGCUCGGCCGGUCUCUGCGCAGCCGUCUGGCUCGCCCGCUUCGGGAUCCGCUACAAGAUCCUCGAGCGGCGCGACGGGCCGUUGAAAAUCGGCCAGGCCGACGGCGUGCAGACACGUACCGUAGAAAUCUUUGACAGCUUUGGUAUUGCGGAGGACCUGCUCAAGGAGGCGUAUCAUGUCCUGGAGAUUGCGUUUUGGUCUCCUCACAGUGAUGACAGCGAUGGGAAGGUUAACGGCGGCAUCAAGAGGUCCCAUUAUGCUCCUGACAAGGAGACGGGGCUCAGUCACCAGCCGCAUGUCAUUCUGAAUCAGGCGAGGUUGAAUGCCCUGAUGUUGGGGGAGUUGGGGAAGGGUGGUGGUCCGGGCGGAGGGAAUCCGGUGGAGUAUGGAUGUGUGGUCACGGGGGUGGAAGUUGAUCAUGAUGAGGCUGCUGUGCAGGAUCCGGAUGCGUAUUGUGUGCAGGUCACGGCGGGCAAGGAUGGGAGGGAGAGGAAAUACCGGGCAAAGUACGUGCUGGGGUGUGACGGCGCGCACAGCAUCGUGCGCAAGUCCCUCGGCUUCAGGAUGAUCGGCGACAGCUCCGACGCCGUCUGGGGCGUCAUGGACAUCUACCCUCUCACCAACUUCCCGGACAUCCGCAGGAAGUGUGUCAUCAACUCCGCUGUCGGCAACAUCCUCAUCAUCCCGCGCGAGGGCGACGCCAUGGUCCGUUUCUACACCGAACUCCCUGCCGGGACCAAAGUCAGCGACGUGAGCCUCGAAAACCUGCAAAGUCACGCCCGGUCCGUGUUCAAGCCGUACAGCAUGGACUUUGCCGAAACGGCCUGGUGGUCGGCCUACUCGAUCGGCCAGCGCCGCGCCGACUUUUUCCAUCGUGACUUGCGCGUGUUUUUGACGGGAGACGCUUGCCACACCCACUCGCCCAAGGCGGGGCAGGGCAUGAAUGUGAGUUUGCAGGACGGGUAUAAUAUAGGCUGGAAGCUGGGCAUGGUGCUUAGGGGGUUGGCGCGCGGGAGGGAGCUGCUCGAGACGUAUGUCCUUGAGCGGGAGAGGACGGCUACUGAGUUGAUAGAGUUUGACCGAUACUUUACGAAGCUGUUUAAUUCGAAGUAUCGGCAAGAUCACGGCAUCACGCCCGAGCAGUUUGCUGAGGAGAUCGUCAGGGCGGGGCGGUACACGGCUGGUCAGGCGAUACGGUAUGAUGAAUCGGUUAUUACGUCCGCGGGGGAGCACGACAGGGAGGUGGCGAAGGGGAUUACGGUCGGGAUGCGGUUCCCCACGGCCCAGGUUGUGCGGUUCUGUGAUGCUAAGGCCAUGCAGCUGGUCAAGGGGCUGCCGGCCAACGGGCGGUGGUAUGUCGUGGUAUUUGCGGGCGAUGUGACGCGGCUGGAUGCUGCGGUGCGGUUGAGAAAGGCAGCUCUAUCCCUUGAGGAGGUGGCCCGACGGUUCACGCCUCCCAGCGCUUACCCCGACAGCGUCGUCGACCGUAUUCUGGUGAUCGCAUCGGACAGGAAGAAGGUUGAACAGGAGGAAAUCCCCGAGUUUUUUACACCCACGACGGGCAAAUGGGGGAUGAAAUGCCUGACCAAAGUCUUUGCCGAUGAUGAGAGCUACAACUCUGGCCAUGGACAUGCAUACGAGGCAUAUGGAGUUGACCCGGGGAGAGGCGCCUUGGUGGUUGUAAGGCCUGAUCACUACGUGGCUAAGGUGGCUGCGCUGGAGGAUGUCGAAUCGAUUCGGCAUUUCUUUGAAGGCUUUCUGUUGCCCCAGCUUUAGCCACAAUGAAGUUCUGAUCGACGACCUGUUUCAAGAGACUAUAUUACGAUGACUCGGAGAGCCGGUAAGGUACCUGCCUACCUCGAUCCGCGUAGCACCUUACUGUCUGCACGAAUAUCAUCUGUCGAAGUCUUAUGAUACAGCGCCUUCUCUCCAUUUUCCUUCUUAUAAUGCGUGCCGUCUGAAUUUCCUUCGUGUACUUUGACCAGCGGCACUUUUUA